CUACAUCUUCCUUGGAGGAGGUCACACGCGUGGCGGAAGUGCCGAGUUGCAACAAUCCUGACAGGAACGACGUCCUUUGACGUGCAAAUGAGACAAGGCACACUCGUCCUGCGCUCGAAUCCACUCCACGGCGGGAAAACUCAACCCUCCGAACAGCAUGGGGGGCUCGACAAGUGUGCAGGUGCCAGGUGGGGGAAGUGAAGGCUAUCACGUCCUCAAAGUUCAACAGAAUUCUCCAGGUGAUUGUGCAGGACUGGAGCCGUUUUUUGAUUUCAUCAUCGCAAUUUGUGACACUAGACUAAGCAAAGACAACGACACCCUGAAAGAUGUGCUGGAGAGGAACGUGGACAAACCCACCAAACUGGUGUUGUACAGUAGCAGGACGCUAAACGUGAGGGAGACAGAGGUCAUCCCCAGCAGCUUGUGGGGCGGCAGGGGGCUGCUGGGAAUCAGCAUCCGCUUCUCCAACUUUGAAGGCGCUAGAGAAAAUGUUUGGCAUGUCUUGGAGGUGGAACCGAAAUCUCCUGCAGCCCAGGCUGGCCUCAGACCCUACACCGACUACAUCGUAGGAGCUGAAACCUUCCUGGACAAGAACGACAAUCUCUUCAAACUCAUCCAAGGGUACGAAGGGAGGCUGCUCAAGCUCUACGUCUACAACACGGACACAGUCGAGUGCCGCGAGGUGUACGUCAGGCCAAAUUGUCACUGGGGGGGAGCGGGCAGUCUAGGCUGUGGGAUCGGCUAUGGUUACCUGCACAGGGUACCCACCACGCCUUCCAGCAAGACCAAAUUUCUUCCUCCACCCCAUGACGAUUCCUCAGAGCAGGUUGGUCUCACUGCUGUCAUUCCAACCGUUCCGGUGAAUCUUUCGACUGGCUCAGAGCAGACAGACUCGUCUUUAGACCUUGUCAGUGUUCAAACAGAUAUUCUCCCUUCACCACAGUCGGUCACCAUCCCCACAUUCACUCCAUCUUCAUCGGCACCUUGUCCUCCGACCUCCUGCGCAGAUGCUGCUGUCACACAGAACCAAGCAUCUCCCCCCGCUGUCGUCCAAACUAGUUCACCAAGCCAAGCUCCAUCAUCAGUAAUCAAUUCUGACUCGAUAAAUAGCUCAAUGCCUGGAGACUCAUCUUUACACCCACAAACUGUGUGAGGAUCAGAUUGUCGUAACUGUUUGCGCUCGCGGGGAUUUUAGGUGAGUUGUGGAUUUUCCCAAAAAAACAGGUUAAAGUGGACCAAAACUGUACUCAUUUUGGAAUUUGUGGAAAGAUUUGUAAAAUAAAUAGUCUAUAUUAAACAUUUAUAUACAAAUUGCUUGUGUGCGUCCUUGACUGUCAUAGCUGUAGUCCUCUCAACGCCACAAGAUGUCACUAUACUGAAAUCAAAGUAAGCAUGAGGAAGGUAUGGGUGGAACAGGAAAAAAAGAUACUCCAUGUAGACGACAUAGUUCACUUUGGGGGGGGCAGGGGGGGGGAACAAUUUGUCUCAUUUAUUAUUCACUCUUAGUGGAACUAUACAAUUUGUACCCGAAGUGAAAUAUACAGCCCUUAAAAAAAUAAGAG